ACGCUGUAAACAACAGCCAACAUUUUUCAAUUAACUGACCUGACAAAUAAUUAAUAAUUCACCAGGCCUGGGAGCAUUGUAGCGGCUUGAUUCUGCAAAACAACCUACAUGUAGGGGGCUUUGUACAGGAGGCUCCAGUUACACUGUUUCCAAACCACUGAACAGGGAUCAGAGGUUGGGAUCGACUCUCACUAUAGCAAAACAAUCUAACCUCUGCGGGGUCAGUGUUACAGGCUAUUAAAUGCCACUUAGGGUUGGUUUCUGAAUCCUCUCCCCACCCAGGACUUCCUGAUGCCAAGAACGUUGCAGACAGGAUAUGGAUCAAGAAAACACUUUCAGAUGACGGCUGCUCCUGCCUCUUUUCUACCUCCAGUCAGACACAUAUCUGUCCAGUAUCCAGACGUGCAGACAGGACACCAACCGACGAUGCAGAGCUCAGCGCAAAGAGACUCCAAAGCACCUGAGGUCUCUUCUGCAGUUUGUACACUGCCACCUGCUGCCUGGCUUCUCAAACCACAACAAACCAACUUUGCUCAUGCAGCAAUCGCAAACACACAAGGGAAAUAUCCAGACACAGAUCGUAUCAGAUCAGCUUGGACCCAACAGAUGGACAUCAUGCCAUCUUUAAAACCCUUCAAACACCAGGUUACCCAACAUCACAGGAGAUCACGCUCAAAAUCCACUGCUGAUUACAGUGAAGGACACAGCUGUUUCCAAGUGGUGAAGCCAUAUAAAGUUGGACAUUAUAUCAUCCACCCAGAGUUUGUGUCAGAAGCAAAGCACUACUAAAAGUCAGUGUUUGUGCAUUUUUAUAAGGUUUUUUUUUUUUUUUUCAUUUAUUGUCAGUUUGAUAAUGUCAUUUUAUAGUGUAUAAUUGAGGUAUGUUAUGUGUUUGGAGAUCCUGCCUUGUAAAAUAUGUUUGGGUGCAACUUCAUUUUAAUGACUGUAAAAUGCACAUUUGGAUGUAAAUGUGCAUUACUAUGACAAAUAAACAACGUUUAUGAUGUGCCCAUUAAAUGUGUUAUUUUUGGUUUACUAACAUGGUAACCAUGGUUUUCAUACAAUGUAAAUAAACAAUUCAAGCUUGAA